UGUUUAUUGUUAUUUCAUCAUGACAUCACGACCAAUGGAAAAGCUUAUAACAAAACCAAAAUGUCAACGAGAUGACGUUGUUGCUGGCGUAGGGCUGCAGUUUGAUGGCCCUUACUAAACGAAUGCAGGGGGAAUGGACGACACUCCACCGGUCAGACAGUGCGCACUGUUGACCCCCGCACGCGCUCUUAGUUUAUCAGGAUUUGCUGAAGAUUGAAGAUUCCUGCUUGUUGGGCUGUCUUUGCGUUUACUUGCUCUGUUGACCCUCUCUAACAACAUUGUUAAUCAAAGGACAAGAGUGGGGCCACGGCAUGCUGUCGUCCUUGAAGACCCUCCUGCUGCUCUCGGUCUUGUGCGCACCGACCUCCAGCUUGUGCCUGCGUCUCUACCAGACCCGCUCUGAUCUUCUCUGCAACGACCACUUGGCAGUUGGGGUCCGGAGUGAUGAGAGUGAACCUAUUUACUCCCCCGUGGACGGCUGGGGGUCCCUCGUGCAGUCCGCGGAGUAUCUCGCCUCCUCCGCAUCCUCUUCCUCUGCUGAAUCCAGUCGGGAAAGACGGACUUUAAGUCCCGCAAACUAUCGCUUUAUGAGCCGGACGAAACUCAGAGGGCAGAUGCUCCACAACAGCAGCAAAGGGGACCGCAGGAGCAGGCUCACCCUGUCCCUGGACGUCCCGACCAACAUCAUGAACGUCCUCUUUGACGUGGCCAAAGCCAAAAACCUGCGCGCAAAAGCGGCGGAGAACGCGCGUCUCCUCGCGCAGAUUGGACGGAGAAAAUAAAAUAAAAAGAAAACGGACAACUUUGCAGUAGCAGACUCAAAAUGUAAUGAAUUACGUUCGUUCCUAAAGUAAACAAUAUUUUUUUCUCCGGGGGGAAUAUUUGCUUUUAAAUAUUCACUCAAAUAAAUGAAAACAUGGCUUCUAACACCUCGAUUCUGUUGCUGAAUGUCCGUAAGUCGACAUAGUUUUUGUUUUCCAGAUCACAGCAGUAAAGGCGGGACAAACUCCAUUACAGAGGGAAAAUGUCCUAACCUUUCUCAGAGGAAUUGACAGAAAUUAAACUUUGGAGGAUGGUUGUGCUAUUGUUUUAAAACAGAGCUUAAAACUCAAAGAAAUACUCCAACAUUUGGUGGUUUUUGGUUUAUUCACACAACGUCCAAGCUUUGCCAAAUAAGCCAUUUAUUCUUUCAUUCAAUUUGAUUCUUCAUUCAUUUCAGUAAAAUAUUUUGCCAAAGGGAAACCCUCUUGUCUCAGUGAAGCAGCGGGAUUUUUUCUGUCGACAGCCUCUUGAUCAAGGCAGCAUAAGAUCAAGAGCAAAAAUGAAGAAAUCUAUCUCGUUUAAAGAUGCUCUUUUUAAACAGACGCAUUGUUUAAGGUGGAUAAAAGGACAAAUAUUUUGUUUCCCUUACUAUUUUAUUUAAUCUAAUGUUGAAUUAUACAUGGGAUAGCCUACUUUAAAACAGGCUUCAAUUAAAACAGUUUAAUGUUUAAUGUAGUUUGCCCACUGCAGCUUCAAACUAAGAGAACUUGGAUGGAUGAUAACAAAGCGAUUGCGAUUCUCAGAGGGUUUUACUUACACAUCAGCAAAAAAUAAUUAAAAUGCUAUGCACUCUGUUGCAUAAUUACUAAAUUUCUAUGUCAUGUCUUUGAAUUAUGGAUGUAAUUAUUUUCUUUUUGCUGCCUCGUUCAUUAAUUUAUUCCAAUUUUUUGUCCUCAAAAGUUUAGAAAUUAACCCACAAAUUAUCCACGUUAUUGAAACGUUGAGAGUUGCUGAAAACCCAACACUGAUGGUGAAUUAUUGUAAACCACCUGCUAAAUAAUGAAAUACAGUGAAAUGCAUGUGAAUGUAUGUGUUCAUCAGAUGUCCAUUAUUUUUCUAUUCAAAAUAAAGGAUUAUUUUUCCUCAAAUAAAGCACAUGUAACUACAAA